AUGGCCUUCCUAAUCCUAGUAAUCGGCGACCUUCACAUACCCGACCGCGCCCUCGACAUUCCAGCAAAGUUCAAAAAACUCCUCGCCCCCGGAAAAAUCUCCCAAACCCUCUGCCUAGGUAACCUAACCGACAAAUCAACCUACGAAUACCUCCGCUCCAUCUCCCCCGACCUCAAAAUCGUCAAAGGCCGCAUGGAUGUCGAAGCCACCUCCCUCCCUUUGACUCAAGUCGUCACCCACGGCGGCGUCCGCAUCGGCUUCCUCGAAGGCUUCACCCUCGUCAGCUCCGAGCCCGACCUCCUACUCGCAGAGGCCAACAAACUUGACGUCGACGUCCUCUGCUGGGGCGGCACUCAUAAAUUCGAGUGCUUUGAGUACAUGGACAAGUUCUUUAUCAACCCUGGGACGGCGACGGGGGCGUUCUCGACAGAUUGGGCGGAUGGGGAGGGGGAGGGGGAGGAGGAGAUGGUGCCGAGCUUCUGUUUGAUGGAUGUACAAGGAAUCUCGUUGACACUAUAUGUCUACCAGCUGAGGAAAGACGCGAAUGGGGUUGAGAAUGUGGCGGUGGAAAAGGUGACGUAUACCAAGCCGGUUGAGCCAACUGGUCCAUGA